UGCAAAAGCAAGGAGAGAGGGCUGGCAGAAAGUUGCUGACAAAUUAAACUCCAACCAAGAAAAGGGCAGAGCAAAAAAAGACAGGUGGUGGUCCUGCACCCCCUCGUCACAUCCCGGCAGAGGAGCUGGCCCUAUAGGGUUGAAUGCCACCAGACCGUUGUUGAGGACAUCCCUGGGGGCAGCUCUUCCUUAGACGAGCAGCCGGGGUGCAGUAGCAGCAGCACCUUCAUAACUGUUUUACAUAACACCAUCACUUCUACCUGUUCCCAUGCAAGGGGUGACUGAAGCAUGCACACAGAUUCCAAAUACACACAUCCUCGCUCAGCUUCACGGAAAACGGCGUCCAGGGCAGAUCUGUACACACACAGAGAGGGAUGUCCAGGUUAGAAACGAUCCACUCAGCUGGGAUCGGCUACAGGUGUGACGGUGUGUCGGUGUGUCUGCGUUACAUGACUGACACUGUGCAGCCAAACUUCCCACUCUUCACUCUCAGUCCAGGCAUAUCCCCUCUGAGUCUGCAGGGUAGCUUUGACACGUUCAUGCUGUCCUAUUAUGAUUCCUUCAGUGUGAACCUGCAGCCCAUUGUGCACUUAUGGCCGGACAUUAAGCAGGACAUCUGGACCAGUGUCUGCCUCACUGUGGACACCAGUAAGAGUGUGGUUCAGAUGUUCAGUGGCGGGUAUAUGAGCCCCAGGAAGGUAAUGCCUUAUCAGUAUGUGUGGUCAGGCGAGCCUGUGAUUAGUUUCCCAGGCUUUGAUGGUCAGCUGACAGACGUCCAGGUGUGGGACUAUCCUCUGCGAUAUAGAGACAUCAUCUACUACAUGAGCAGAAGUUAUUACGGGUCUUAAAGCGGCUCCGUCAUCUCCUGGUCCAACAUCAGAUACAAUAACAGAGGAAGGGCAGUCUUGGAGGACACCUUUGACAUGCGAGCAAAAGUUGAGCAAGAGAGUAGACGAAAGGAAAAGAAGAUGAGAUUCUUCAGUGUGGAGGAGGAAAACAAGCUGCUGCUUUAAGUCAGUCCCCACAAACUCCUUUGUUAAAAUGUUAAGAUUUCAACCAGAAAUAAACAUGUUUGCAGCCUGCUGCCAAAUAAACAAACAAAAGCU